CACGCAGGCGCGCUAGCCCCGUGGGUCACGGACUCUCCGUCUGCUUCCGGGCUGGCUUCCGUCACCUUCUACCCGGACCCUGGUCACUGCCUUUGGCAACAUGGACAAUGCCAAAGGUGGUGACCAGAGCGUGACAGAGGAGUCUCCCCUAGCCCAGGUGGAUGCUGAAAGCAGUCCACAGCAGGCGCCUGAGGAGGAGCCAGGGCAUCUUCGGUAUCAUGAGGAAACUAUUGAUCUGGGUGGAGAUGAGUUUGGGUUGGAGGAGAACGAGACCAUAUCAGAAGAUUCUAACAACUUUGCAGAUAAGCUUAACGAGCACAUGAUGGAGAGUGUCCUCAUCUCUGACUCUCCCAAUAACAGCGAAGAUGACGUGGGUGACCUAGGCUGCUUGCAGGAUGUUGUGGAGCCCAGCGAAGGCAGCACCAAACACAGACUGGCCAAUAUCACAGACAAAGAAGAGAUGGACCUUCUGGGCAAUGACAGUGAAACUGACCUUGACGAUACGCCUAGAGACAUUUCUGACAUGACACCUGACAGCAGAGCUUCUUUGAAAGAAGACUCAACACAGGAAGAAGUGAAAGAUAUUCCCGAAUUUGAGAAUGCUGGUGCAGAGAACUUGGUGCCCAGGGAUGAAAAAGCCCAUCCCAAAGAGCAGGGAUCUGAAGUGUCCUCCAGUCAGUCCUCUUCUAAAGACGAGCCUGUACCCGUGUGCACCAUUUUCAGUCAGGCAAAUUCAGCUCCUUCCCAGCCACACUUGUUUCUACACGAUGGUUUUGAGUCCCAGAUGGUGAAAUCACCAAGUUUCAGCAACACAAGUGAUGCUUCGGCCAAGACCCCACCUCAGAUGGUCCAACCCAGUCCCAGCCUGAGUACAUUUUUUGGAGAUACAAUGAACACUAAUUCCUUGGCCUCUGACUUCUUUGAUUCCUUCACCACUUCCACUUUCAUCUCUGUCAGUAAUCCCAAUGCAGGCUCUUCAGUUCCGGAAAAGUUGUCUUCACUUCCUGCUUCUGUGGGAGAAAAUUCGCCAGAUUCUGCCGACCCGUCUUACUCUGCAGGGUUGGAAGAAUCAGAGUCGGGAGUUUCUUCAGCUUCUCUGGACAUCCCUGAGUCUCCCAAGCCAUUUUCACAGAUACAAGCUGUGUUUGCAGGGAGUGAUGACCCCUUUGCCACAGCCCUGAGCAUGAGUGAGAUGGACCGAAGGAAUGAUGCAUGGCUUCCCAGCCAGGGGACCAGAGAUUUCCUCAUUUCUAUAGCAACCCAGCAGCACAGCACUGUGUUCAUAGACAAGGAGAACCUCACCAUGCCAGGCCUCAAGUUUGACAACAUUCAGACCCAGCAGCAGCAGAAAGGCUUCCAGGCUCUGUAUCUACAGCACUUUAGGUAA